GCAGAACGCCCACCGCAAGCGGCCGCUCCCUCUUUCACCCUCACCCUCGGCGCCCCGCCCACUCCCGGGCGCUGAGCCUCGCGAGAACACCGCUAGCCUCGCCUCUUCGGACUCCAGGCUCUCGCGAGAAGAGGCUUAGGAGCCGGCCUGUAACCUGCCCCGGCGGCUCUGCUGGCCGCAGCCGCCUGAGUGGCCGCUGCCACAGACACCUCCGGAGGGACCCAGUUGAGGAGGAAGCGGAGGUGUCGCUGGCCCCCCGCCUUCGCCUAGGUCCUCCCUGGACACUCAAGAGGGACUGCAGGUUAUGGGUGCUACAUAUGCUUUCAGAGCAGUAGUGUGAGGAAGCUUGAAGUGGGAUGGCAGGACGGCCUCAUCCUUAUGACAGUAACUCCAGUGAUCCAGAGAAUUGGGAUCGGAAAUUGCAUAGUAGACCUCGUAAACUUUAUAAACAUUCAAGUACUCCCGCACGUGUUGCUAAAGGAGUUGUUGACCACACCAAAAUGAGUCUACAUGGUGCUAGUGGGGGACAUGAACGAUCAAGAGAUAGACGAAGGUCAAGUGACAGAUCGCGAGAUUCAUCUCAUGAAAGAACGGAAUCUCAACUCACCCCUUGUAUUAGAAAUGUUACUUCUCCAACACGACAGCACCAUGUUGAACGAGAAAAAGACCACAGUUCCUCUCGUCCAAGCAGUCCUCGUCCUCAGAAGGCAUCUCCAAAUGGUUCUAGUAGCAGUGCCGGGAACAGCAGCAGAAACAGUAGUCAGUCAAGUUCAGAUGGUAGCUGUAAGACAUCUGGGGAGAUGGUGUUUGUAUAUGAAAAUGCAAAAGAAGGAGCUCGGAAUGUAAGAACGUCGGAACGAGUAACACUGAUAGUGGAUAACACUAGAUUUGUUGUAGACCCAUCCAUUUUUACUGCACAGCCAAAUACAAUGUUGGGCAGGAUGUUUGGAUCUGGCAGAGAACAUAAUUUUACACGUCCCAAUGAGAAGGGAGAGUAUGAAGUGGCAGAGGGAAUUGGCUCCACUGUGUUUCGAGCUAUUCUGGAUUACUACAAAACAGGAAUAAUCCGUUGUCCUGAUGGCAUAUCUAUUCCUGAACUGAGAGAAGCAUGCGACUAUCUUUGUAUUUCUUUUGAAUAUAGUACUAUUAAAUGUAGAGAUCUCAGUGCCCUAAUGCAUGAGUUAUCAAAUGAUGGUGCUCGUAGACAGUUUGAAUUUUAUCUGGAAGAAAUGAUCCUGCCUCUCAUGGUAGCUAGUGCCCAGAGUGGGGAGCGAGAAUGCCACAUAGUAGUGCUUACAGAUGAUGACGUGGUUGAUUGGGAUGAAGAGUAUCCACCACAGAUGGGAGAAGAGUAUUCACAAAUUAUUUAUAGCACAAAAUUAUAUAGAUUUUUCAAGUACAUUGAAAACAGAGAUGUGGCCAAAUCAGUUUUGAAGGAAAGAGGUCUUAAGAAGAUUAGAUUGGGAAUAGAAGGUUAUCCUACCUACAAAGAAAAAGUAAAGAAAAGGCCUGGGGGCCGCCCAGAAGUGAUUUACAACUAUGUCCAAAGACCCUUUAUUCGAAUGUCUUGGGAGAAGGAAGAAGGAAAGAGUCGGCAUGUAGACUUUCAGUGUGUAAAGAGCAAAUCUAUCACCAACCUUGCAGCAGCUGCCGCAGACAUUCCCCAGGACCAGCUGGUAGUCAUGCACCCGACUCCACAAGUAGACGAGCUGGAUAUUCUCCCGAUGCACCCUCCUUCUGGCAACAAUGACCUCGAUCCUGAUGCACAGAAUCCAAUGCUGUGAUGCUGAUGUUCCUUGAAACCAUCGCAUGCUACCCUUCACGGUGACGUCGCGCUCUCCUCAUUCUGCACUACAAGGCCACGCUCUUCAUCGUGAGAUGCACAUAACAAUGUUUAGGAUAUUGCAGUGGAGGCUUUUUUAAAGACCAAAGGUAGCUGAAUGGUUUUUUAAAUGAGUACAACUCUAGCAUCCUGAGGUUCCAGUUAUAUAAAUGUAUUUGUUUACCAGUAGGUUUGUGAAAUUGGUUCUUUGUAUGGGGGACUGUCCUUUUUCACACAUCUAGAUAUGUUCAGAAGUGGUGAAAAUUGGCAGCUGGGGUCUUUUCAGCUUAGAUUGAUACUCAUCACACCCCAGGUAAAAUGUAGAAUAUUACAUAGUUGCACUUUAUAAAUGGUGGUUAAAUGGAACUGUUCAAGCCAUUUUUAUAGUUGUGAUGCACAAUAUAACUGAAAUAAGUGCUUCUAUCAAAGUAUUCCUUCAGUAAAAUGUGUAUAGUUUGCUGCCCAUGAUGAGCAAAAAAAAAAAUGAGUAUUUAUCAUUGGGCUUAUUUGAAUGAUUAGGAUGAGAUUCAGUGCCCCUGUCUUCUCUCCAGUGCUGUUCUUGCCCUUUUACAGUGAGUCACAUGCAGGAAGUGUGAACAUCCAGUCUGCCUUACCCUUUAUCUGUUCAGAUAUUUAUUUACUAAUUUUUUUUUUCUUAAGAGUUAUGGGAUAGGAAAAUGAAGUGUUUGCUCUUCAUUUACUAAAUGAUUGUAAACUCGAGUUUUUCAUCAAAAUAAAAUUCCAUUGUUUUAA